AGUGACAGUAUAAGUUUCACAUUUUAAAAACCUACACUAGAAGACCACAUUUUCCCAUCAACAUAAAGGAAUAAUGUUACACCAUAAACAAAUCCCAACCAUCAAUUUCUUCCUUCGACUAUUCACAACCGUUAAUCAUCCCGCCACAUUCGAAUUCAAUUUUUCCCUCCAAAGGCUGCGCGUGCAUCCCACACACCAUCACUUAGAACAACUCCUCUCUUCUUUCUUCGCUAUUCCAACACCUCUUUCUUCACAAACAUACGCCACGCUAUUCCACGCGUGUGCCCGCCUCAAUCGCCUCGAUAUUGGCAAAAAUCUCCACAACCACAUGCUUUCACAUGACGUAAUUACAGCAACAACAACAUACCCAGUGAAAUUUCAGAAAGUGAUGUCUGGGGAUAGUUAUGUGUACGCAGACCUUACCCCUACCUUGAGAGGUAGGCAGGCAGCUCGAGAACUUUAUAUGAUUAAUCAUCUUGUUAACAUGUACGCGAAAUGUGGUGAUCUUAAAUGUGCUCACCAUGUGUUUGAUGAAAUGCUGGAAAGAAAUGUUGUUUCUUGGACUUCUCUUAUUUCGGGCUACGCUCAAUAUGGAAAGAUUGAUCAAUGUUUUCGCUUGUUUUCCAACAUGUUAGCUCAUUGUAGGCCUAAUGAUUUUGCUUAUGCUAGUGUUCUUUCUGUGUGUGAUGGAUCGCGUGGUAAGCAAGUGCAUGCACUUGCGAUUAAAACAGGUUUUGAUACGUGUGUUUAUGUGGGUAAUGCUUUGAUUGCAAUGUACUCGAGAAAUAGCUCAAUGGGUGUUAACCAUAGUGAGGCUUGGAAGGUUUUCAAUGAUAUGGAAUUCCAUAAUCUUGUUUCGUGGAAUACGGUAAUAGCAUUGUUUCAAAUGUGUGGACAAGGUGAUAAGGCGAUGAGGUUUUUCUCCGUAAUGCAUCGUGAUGGUUUGGGGUUUGAUCGUGCCACUCUUGUUAGUGUACUUUCUUCUUUCUUAGGAAUGGAUGAAAUUGAUUUUUCCUGGGGUCUUCAAAGUUGCUUCCAGUUGCAUUGUGUUACUGUGAAAACCGGGCUUAUACUAGAUGUUGGGAUUGUUACUGCUUUGGUGAAAGCUUAUUCAAUUCUUCGAGGAGAGGUUAGUGAUUGUUAUAAAUUAUUUCUGGAAACAAAUGGAUGUCAAGAUCUCGUGUUGUGGACUGAAAUAAUUGUGGCGUUUUCAGAAAGAGAUCCUGAGAAAGCUAUUCUCCUUUUUGGUCAGUUGCACCGAGAGGGGUUAAGUCUAGAUAGUUAUGCUUUUUCUAUUGCACUGAAAGCUUGUGCAGGACUCGUGACAGAUAGAAAUGCCUUGAUGGUGCACUGUGAAGUGAUUAAAUCUGGUUAUGUGGAUGUUGUAGUGCUUGGAAAUGCAUUAAUUCAUGCAUAUGCAAGGUGUGGCUCAAUAUCUCAGGCCAAUCAGGUUUUCGAGGAGAUGAGAUACAGAGAUAUAGUGUCAUGGAAUUCGAUGUUGAAGGCUUAUGCAUUGCAUGGCAAAGCAAAUGAAGCAUUGGGUCUUUUUGGUAAAAUGGAUGUGAAAUCUGAUGCGACCACUUUUGUUGCUCUGCUCUCAGCUUGCAGCCAUGCUGGAAUGGUGGAAGAAGGGAUUCAAAUUUUCGAUUCUAUGUUUGAAAAACACGAUUAUGUGGUGUGGAGUGCAUUUCUUGGAGCAUGCCGCAAACAUCGUGAAUCUGGGCUGGCCCACAUAGCCGCAUCUAGGUUGAAGGAUUUAGAUCCAGGAAAUUCAUUAGGAUAUGUACUCAUGUCAAAUGUGUACUGCUCAGCCCAUAGCUUCAAUGAAGCAGGUCAUCUUAGGAAGCAAAUGAGAAGGCUCGGUGUUACAAAGCAGCCCGGAUUGAGCUGGACAGAAGUUGGGGGUUUGGUGCAUGAGUUUGCUUCUGGAGGCCUGCAACAUCCAGACAGGAAAGCUAUAUAUACUAAGCUGGAGGACUUUGUGAAAGAACUCAAACAUAUUGGUUACAUUCCCGAGACAACUUCAUCUUUACAUGACAUUGAAGAAGAACAGAAAGAAGAGCAAUUAUAUUAUCACAGUGAGAAGCUUGCACUGAUAUAUGCUUUGCUAGAUGCUAGUAGAUCUCCUUCCAGCUGCUCUGCCAUUAAGAUUAUAAAGAACAUCCGUAUUUGUUUGGACUGCCACAACUUUAUGAAGUUAUCAUCAAAGCUAAUAGAGAGGGAAAUUGUUGUGAGAGAUUCAAACCGUUUCCAUCAUUUUAAGAAUGGGGCCUGCUCUUGCAAUGAUUACUGGUAGACUCAAGCCAACUAAUUUCUACCUCCUUCAUGUCCAGGUACCUUCUUUGGUUUUCUCAUGCAUCUGUCUAAAUGAAUCAGUCUGUCAAAGAUUGUAUGCACAUAAAUUGAAAGAGGCUGGAUUAGGAGCAUCAAGGGUGAGUGUAUCUGUGUAUUCUUUCUAUCACAGUGCAGUUAUGAAGAAAGAUAGUAGAAGAUUUUUGAAGAGGAUGGAUUGACAUCAGAAAAUGUGAUAGAUGUGGUUCAGCUACCAUGUAACUGUGAUGCACUGCGACUUGCAUUUGUUUAUUUUCAUAUGAUUUUCAGAGACUUCUCCUUAUCAGGGAAAAAAAGGAUUGUCAGAGACUUCACUGCAGGAUGAAAUAUAAUCUGCGUAUCCUGCACUUGGAAAAGGAACAUCCAGAAUCUACUUAAGACAGUUUAUGGUCUUUGUAUAGGACCUACAGCACUGUUCCUCUUCAUAAUAUGAACUUCCAGUGACCUGUUCCAGAUCUACUGACAUGUGUUUUCAUGUAAAGAGAUUGAUCCGAAUAAGACCAUAUGUUUAGCCAUUUCAUAGGUCU